UAAGCAACGGAAAUGACGUAAAUAGCAGACAGAGUUGGAGGGUUUGGGUAAAAAUGGCUGAAUAUUUAGCAUCGAUAUUCGGGACUGAGAAGGACAAGGUUAACUGCUCUUUUUACUUUAAGAUCGGGGCCUGCCGGCACGGGGACCGGUGCUCCCGGCUUCACAACAAGCCGACUUUCAGCCAGGUUCCUCCCCCAACCUUCAGGCUCUUCUCCCAGGAACUUGGCCACGCCCCCACCAUAGUGCUGCUCAACCUGUAUCGGAAUCCACAGAACACCGCCCAAACCGCAGACGGAUCGCACUGUCACGUGAGCGACGUGGAGGUGCAAGAACACUAUGAUAACUUCUUCGAGGAAGUGUUCACCGAACUGCAGGAGAAGUACGGGGAGAUUGAAGAGAUGAAUGUGUGCGACAACCUGGGGGAUCACCUCGUGGGCAAUGUUUAUGUCAAGUUUCGGCGUGAGGAAGAUGCAGAGCGGGCAGUGGUUGAGCUCAAUAACCGCUGGUUCAACGGGCAAGCUGUGCAUGCUGAGCUGUCUCCCGUCACCGAUUUCCGGGAGUCGUGCUGUCGGCAGUAUGAGAUGGGGGAAUGUACCCGAGGUGGUUUCUGCAACUUCAUGCACCUGCGACCCAUUUCCCGCGACCUCAGGCGGCAGCUCUACGGGCGGGGACCCAGGCGCAGGUCACCCCCAAGGUCCCAUACUGGCCACCGUCCCCGAGAAAGAAAUCGACGACGGUCUCCAGACCACCGGCAUGGCCGUUUCUGAGACCCUGACCCCCUUGCCCUCCACCCUUGGCAGGCACAGAUGUUCCUCGCCAGGACACCUCCUCAAAGUUCCCGUAACUUCCCAGUGACAUCUUCUCCAGACUCUGGGUCUCCAUGAUGUAACACC